GUUUGAGGCCACGCAGGGCAGGAGCAAUAAAUCCUCGAGGAAUCACACGGCGCGCGCACACACACACACAAGCAGACGCACGCACUAACACCCAGGUGUGUUAGGCCGCUCCUGUAGGGUUGGUUGUAAAAUCAGACGUCACGGCGCGAGGGGAGACGCUCACAGGUAACGGCUGAGGUGAGGUUUGUAUACCUGGUCAAAGUUUAUCUCGCGAACACCACUGGUCUGGAUGUCUGAAAGUGGAGCGCGCGCUAUGCACUGGAGAGCUAUUUGGGGAAGAUGUACGUGAGUUAUCUGUUGGAGAAAGAUCCGGGCAUGAACGGCACGGCCGGCAGGCAUCACAACUUAAACUUCAACCAUCAAAACUUCCUCCCCGCGCCGCAGCAGUACACAGACUACAGCGCCUACCAUCACAUCCCCGCGUUCCACGGAGGAGACCCAAAUCACGGAAACCUCAGCGCGGGCGCAUGGAACGCUACAUACCCACCUCCGCGCGAGGACUGGUCCGCAUUCUGCCACGGGGCCGGUCCUCUCGGCUCUAACUUGGGCCCGGUCAGUUUAAACCUCAGAGACUCGAGUCCCAUCGUACCACCCGAGCAAAGUCUCGUGCAGUCAGUCGUCACGGCAUCAACAGCUGGACAACUGUCCCCCGACCCGCAGCGCACAGACCCCUAUCAGUGGAUGAGGAAGAACAUGGCACCGGGAAACACAGGGAAGACGCGGACGAAGGAUAAGUACCGUGUGGUGUACAGUGAGCACCAGCGCAUGGAGUUGGAGAAGGAGUUCCACUACAGCCGCUACAUCACCAUCCGCCGCAAGGCCGAGCUCGCCCUGGGCCUCAGCCUAUCAGAGAGACAGGUGAAGAUUUGGUUCCAGAAUCGCCGGGCGAAGGAGAGGAAAAUGACGAAACGCACGAAGGUGCAGCAACCACAGCAGGCCUCCACCUCUACACCCCCAUCACCUGAGCUGCGUCACCACGGCAACAACAUCUCCACAGCAACCACCAGCAGCAGUAGCACUGGCUUUCUGACAGACAGCAUCACCAUGAGCAUCAAAGAGGAGUUCUAACAGCUGCAGUGUGUGUGUGAGUGCAGGGAGGAGGUGUGUGUGUGUAUGUGUGUGACCAGGGCAGCUCUCACACCAGUCAGCUGCAGGGAGGAAGUGUGUGUGUGUUUGUGUGUGUGUGCAUGUGCGUCCGGUCUUCCUGCGGGGCCGUUACUGGUUGGGUUGUUGAGGUAUAAUGGAGACGUUCUAGCCUGACGAGCCAGACCCACAUUAAAAUGUAGGCUCACAAGCCAACGGAGAGUUGCUAGACUAGCCCUGGCAGCAAAUGUAAUUUGCUGCCGCUAGGGGCGCGUCUAGAUUUCUAGGCUAGACACGUUCUGUUUCUGCUGGAAAGUCCAGUGGUGAGCUGGAGAAGAACUGAAACUAGUGGCAAGACAGUGAUGGAGAGAACUAACCACACACAGGGACUCUGUACACGCACACACACACACACACACACACACACAUGUACACACACACACACACGCACACACACACAGGAGAACCAGACCUCAGGGUUCACUACACAACACCAGUGAGGCCUCAUCUGUGAGUCGCAUAGGAUAAAAGCAUCAGCUAAAUUAAUAAAUGUAAAUCCAAAUGUGCAAAACACACACACGCACGCACUCACACAUGCACGCACAUGCACACACACACACACACACACACACACAACCCACAAAUGCUGCUCAGCAAUGCUACCAACACACAACCAUGUCAACACAGCAGAGGUCCGGGUUUUCUAAUCAGGGCACAGAACUGACCGUUGACCUUUGUACCAAUCAUUACGGAUGUUUUUAACAUCAUGUUCAAUACUUACAAUCAUUAAUUGUUCUGUACCUUAGAACUUUAUUGGUUCUGUACAUUAGAACUUUAGAAUACAGUGCCGUCUUAACUGAAGUGAUGGGAGAUGUUCUAAGCAGAAUGUUCUGUUCUGGUUGAAAAAGCUCAGGACCACACUCUGCGCUUCUAGUUGAGAGAACCGCCCUCUCAGACACUGCAGGAAAAGAGACUCCGCCCUCCAUGCACACAGCUCAAAUGGCAGCCAAUCACAAUGUUACACCACACCUAUGCCACGCCCUCACCGCCAGCUCACAACGCUACUAAUGACAUCAGCUUCACACGGAAUAUCCAGAGACGACGGCAAUGAUGAUGAUGAUGAUGUCUUACUAAUGAAUAAGUACAAAUAAAUAUUUUGAUGUUG